AUGAACUACUCCUACGAGUCGUUCGUAUCAAGCUUUCAAUCAAAUCAGCCGCCCGUUGGGUACGACUCUAACUAUCCUCAACAAGGCCCCUAUAGCUCCUCUCAUAACAUUCCGAACACCUCAGUGGCAUCUAGUUCUUCUCGACAACCCUUGCACGAUAGGAGCGACCAAAUUCUGGUUCAAGAGCAGGAGAAUAUACCCGACACUACCAACUCCUCUUUGGCUAAAACCUCACAGCAGAGCCAGGAUUUUAACCGUUGGCACACUCGUCAUCCCAUGACUGAUGCCAACCACGAUGGAUUCCAGGAAAUAGAAGCAGUCCCGGCAUUAUUCAACGCGGAAUGGCCUCUUUCGAUGACCGUUCCUCGUAAUACCCCUCGUCCUCCCAUGACUGAUGCUAACCACGAUGGAUUCCCGGAAAUAGAAGCAGCCCCGGUAUUAUUCAACGCGGAAUGGCCUCCUUUGAUGGCCUUUGCUCGUAAUGAGGAUCUCCUCAACAAGUAUGCUCUGUACUCCAACGUUCAAAACCAGCCCGAUGUGAGCAACGACUACCAACCACUCAAUACCGAGCCCCAGUAUAGUUCGGCACUGCAAGGGUAUCAAGCGUCAGCCAGUGCUCCAGCGCUGGAUCAGCUGGGACCUGUGCGGCAUUCACACCGACAACCCAACCAUUCACUGCCUUACCAGAGAGUAGGGAGUUCAAAUAGUCGACUUGCUCAGGACAACAUCGACUCGUUUAUCCAAGACACUCAAGCCAACACAAGUUCGUCAGUAGAAAACAACCAAAAGGUCAAAAAACCUAGACGAAAGGUCAAAGUGAGACCAACAUUGAGCACUGUUGACUCAAUCAAAGGAGCGUUCCAAGUAACAAUGCGUGCCUCGGAUUCGCGCGCCCGUGCCCUCCGCCCAAACACUGGAGCAACGCUGGGUGACGUUCCAACGAGUGGUUCUACGCACCCCAACGGCCUCGUGAGUUUCGGGGCCGAGGACUUGCCGAUGAUCCCAUGUCCCCUGGCCGGGUGCACCGCGGCAUCGAAAGGGAUAAAAGCGCUUGAAAAGCAUCUCGCCGAAGCACAUGAAUAUCGCCGAAAAAAAACUAGAGACCAGAAUUCGGUCGUAUGCCCAAUUUAUGGCUGCAUUGUUAAAGUUGGAGAGGGUAACCUCAACCGCCACAUUGCAGAGACUCAUACAAAUGUGUGGUACUAUUGCACUAUGUGUGAUACAGGUCGCUCUCGUCAGGAUGAUCUCAAGAACCACUUUGAGACUGUGCAUGCUGGUUACGAUGUGCCCAAGGUAUUCAGAGAGAUUCUUCAUGAAUCUGCUGGUAGAUCGAUGUGA